AUGGAACUAGUAGUUGCUGGUGUCACAAAUAAGCGCCCGAAACUUUCUGUGGAGGAUAACGAAACCACACAGACUGAUAGUGAAAUUGCGAAGGCUGUAGAAGAGGAAACUGCAGUUGCCACAUUGGCAUCUGAACAGGUGAAGCUGGAGAUUGCUAAUAUUCAUGAAAAGAUCGAGCGUUUCACUAACCUGGUCUCUGAACUGCUGGAAUCAGGGAAGUCUAUGCUGAAGGACCUGAGUAAUGAGUUUGAAGAACGAAUAAUUCUAUUACACAAGGAACAGAUGGAAAAGUGGCAAGAAGAGAUUAAGGAACUGCGCUUGCUCGAUAUUUCAAAUGAGGAGGCUGAUGCUCUUCUGCGAGAUGCUAAAUAUCUACUUCAGAAUGUCCGCGAUGAAUCCUGAGCUAUUUGCACUAUGCUAAAACUUCUCAAGAGGUAGCAGUCACAGUAGCUUGGUAAUUGACUUUUCUGCAUUUCUAGUAUUUUUGUCACCUAGCUUGGUACUUCUGUUCUCACAAAAAGAAAAAAAGACAGCCUCACAUUCCCAAAAAGAGGAGCAAACUAAUAGCUUUUGUAGAACUGCUUUACAUUUUAUUGCUAACUGGUGUAAAGCUGCUUAGUAUUUCCCCCCACAAACUUAAUACUACUCCCUAGUUUUCUGACUGAGAAGAUGUCUAUAAUAGAUAUCACAAAUUGGGUA